GUCCAUCUUUAGCUUGUGUAUAAAUUCAGAUAUGGGAUUGGACAUUCAUGCAUGGAGGAUUAGAACUCAAUAAGAAAUCGAGUGUACAUUAACCAAUAGUCACAAGGAAGCUAUAGGAAGCUGCUGGUAGCCAGCUAGCUAGCAGUAUAUAUAUAGCAGUUACAAUUAUAAUUAUAAUUAUAUAAAUAUAAUUAAUUAGGGAGAUCAAUCGAUCGAGAAUCGAGACAUUAAUGGCAGCUCUUGUUCAGAUAGAAGAGACCCCAAAAUGGAAGAAGCUCUUGAGCUUUGUUGGACCUGGGUUUCUGGUCUCUGUCGCCUACCUUGAUCCAGGAAACUUGGAGACAGACUUGCAAGCUGGGGCUAACCACAAAUAUGAGUUGCUGUGGAUCGUGGUGGUGGGGCUGACGUUCGCACUUAUAAUCCAGUCUCGAGCAGCAAAUCUUGGAGUGUCUACAGGGAAGCAUCUGUCGGAGCACUGCAAGGCUGAGUACCCAAAUCUUGUAAAUUACUGCCUCUGGAUACUAGCUGAGAUUGCGGUGAUUGCAGCUGACAUCCCUGAAGUGAUAGGGAUAGCAUUUGCUCUGAACAUCCUUUUUGAGAUACCCAUGUGGGGUGGGGUGCUGCUGGCUGGCUUCAGUACUCUUCUCCUUCUUGGAUUGCAACGAUAUGGCAUAAGAAAGCUAGAGGUGGCAAUUGUGAUUCUGGUGUUGGUUGUGGGUGGCUGCUUCUGCAGUGAGAUGGUCCGGGCCAACCCUAAUCCUAAGGACAUCUUGUUUGGAAUGUUCAUCCCAAAUUUGGAUGGCCACGGUGCCACCAGAGAUGCAAUCGCUCUCCUAGGAGCUCUGAUUAUGCCGCACAACCUAUUUCUUCAUUCAGCAUUAGUUAUAUCGAGAAAAAUCCCCCUCACGUUCGAAGGCAUUAAGAGUGCGAGGAAAUACUUCCUGAUAGAGAGUGGACUGGCAUUGUUCAUUGCAUUUCUCAUCAAUCUGGCAGUAGUAUCGGUGACUGGUAGUGUUUGCUCCAAUCCAAAUAUCACAGCACAAAACAAAGCCCAUUGCCAGAAUAUCACCCUUGAAUCUGCAGCUUUCUUGCUCAAGAAUGCUCUGGGAAAGUGGAGUUCGAAGCUUUAUGCGGUGUCCUUGCUUGCAUCGGGUCAGAGUUCAACCGUCACAGGAACAUAUGCAGGACAGUACAUUAUGCAGGGUUUCCUAGACUUGAAAAUGAGGGUGUGGCUGAGGAAUUUACUCACUAGAUGCAUUGCCAUUAUUCCAAGCUUGGUGGCCUGCCUCAUUGGUGGAUCCUCUGGAGCUGCAAGGCUCAUCAUCAUUGCUUCUGUGAUACUAUCAUUCGAGCUACCAUUUGCAUUGAUUCCUCUCCUCAGGUUUACAAGCAGCAAAAGCAAGAUGGGACACCAUAAGAACUCUGCAAUGGUAAAUCUAGUUUCAUGGCUCUUGGGGCUCUGCACAACUGGGAUCAACAUGUACUUUCUGGGUACAAGUUUAAUGGGAUGGAUGACAGAUAAGAAGUUGCCCAAGGCUGUGUCAAUCCUUGCGGGGGUUCUGCUUCUUCCAGUAAUUAUGUUUUAUGUUGUAAUAUUGGUCUACUUGGCAACAAAAACAGAAACUUCCCCUGCCAACUCCAAUUACUUCGUGAUGAAUAUUGCUAGAACUGAGCAAAGAGGGAUUGAGAGCGGCCUGGAUUCCAUCAGCACUGGGAUAUCCCAUGAGAUUGAGAAGGUAGAUAUUGCAACAUAAAGGACAAUUGAGCCCUUCAUCCCUGAAUGUAUGUAAGGAAUGCUAUCAUUCAACGUAUUGUAGACAUUCAGCUUAUUGGAACAAUUAAGGGAAGCAAAUUGCAAUAAAAGAAAGCUCUAAAUAGAAGUAACAGCAUUCCUUUGAACCAACCAUCUAUGUAAAGAACAAAUAAAUGGUGAAUUUCAGUAGUUAUGACCUAAAAA